AUGCUGUCUCACGCCGACCUCCUGGACGCCAGGCUAGGUAUGAAAGAUGCCGCCGAGCUUCUGGGCCACCGGGAGGCGGUGAAGUGUAGGCUGGGCGUGGGGGGCUCCGACCCUGGGGGCCAUCCGGGGGACCUAGCGCCCAACUCCGACCCAGUCGAGGGAGCCACGCUGCUGCCCGGGGAGGACAUCACUACAGUGGGCUCUACGCCGGCCUCGCUGGCGGUGAGCGCAAAGGACCCGGACAAACAGCCGGGGCCCCAAGGCGGCCCGAACCCCAGCCAAGCCGGCCAGCAGCAGGGCCAACAGAAGCAGAAGCGCCACCGGACGCGCUUCACGCCCGCGCAGCUCAACGAGUUGGAGAGGAGCUUCGCGAAGACUCACUACCCCGACAUCUUUAUGCGCGAGGAGCUGGCGCUGCGUAUCGGGCUGACCGAGUCGCGAGUGCAGGUCUGGUUCCAGAACCGGCGCGCUAAGUGGAAGAAGCGCAAGAAGACCACCAACGUGUUCCGCGCGCCGGGAACGCUGCUGCCCACGCCAGGCCUGCCUCAGUUUCCGUCAGCCGCCGCCGCAGCCGCCGCCGCCAUGGGCGACAGCCUGUGCUCUUUCCACGCCAACGACACCCGCUGGGCGGCGGCCGCCAUGCCGGGCGUGUCACAGCUACCGCUGCCGCCGGCUCUGGGCAGGCAGCAAGCCAUGGCGCAGUCGCUGUCCCAGUGCAGCCUGGCGGCCGGGCCGCCGCCCAACUCCAUGGGCCUGUCCAACAGCCUGGCGGGCUCCAACGGCGCGGGGCUGCAGUCGCAUCUUUACCAGCCCGCCUUCCCCGGCAUGGUGCCCGCCUCCCUCCCCGGCCCCAGCAACGUCUCCGGCUCGCCCCAGCUCUGCAGCUCCCCGGACAGCAGCGACGUGUGGCGGGGCACGAGCAUCGCCUCCCUCCGCCGCAAGGCGCUAGAGCACACAGUCUCCAUGAGCUUCACUUAA